GACAGCGGUUUGUGUUGAUAGGUUUUUAUCUGGAUUUGACACUUGAAAUAUGAUGAAAGCUCAUGGUGGCGUGAAGCUGGACUGUGGGAGUUCUCACUAAACCUUUGUUUUAGCUGCAGGAUUAUGAACAACUGAAGCAGCAGCAGUUUCAGUCACUGGAUGGAAUCAUGAGCUUGUUCCUGUACAGAAGUACUUCGAUAUCGAUGGACUUACUUUAACUUUAAUCCAGACCAGUAUGGUCCAUAUAAACACCGGACAAUUACAUCAAUAUAAGCUAACUAGCUAAAACACAGAACCAGGAAGAGGCUCAACCAACACCGGGAUAACUUUGUUAUCUGAGUCAGAUAAUCUGCAAAUAAAUUUAAACAAUUCUUCGCUGAACUGCACACAAAAUGGGGACAUUACUGCUCGCAAACAUCACAAACUUCUACACUGAAAGUUUUAUCCUAAAAGCAUCAUUAUACACCACGUUGGGAGUAACUUUACAAAAGUAAUGCAAUUACUAAGUCACUCAGUAAUGUAAAGCAUCACAAAAACCAUUAUUGGAAUAUUUUACUCGGUACAAAUGUCAGUAACGCGCGUUACAAUGGAUUUUAAACCCAAAAUUAAUUAAGUUGUGUAUUUUUAUACAAAUUUGGGAUUAGCAGAGGAGAAAUAAAAUCUGAUCAAAUGUUAACUUCCUGUUGGACUCUACAUUCACCAGAUGGACAUAUGCUCACACAAAAGGAUACGAAGAAGAACAUUAUAGUUAAGUGAUAGUUAAGUUCACUUUUUAUGUGUCAACCCAAAAGAUCUCUGUACCUCACGAAACAGCACAAGUAAUUUAAGAAAACAUGUAGCGUGGUGCAGUUUUCUGUAGGUGUUCAGUUACAAUAUACAGUAGUAGCUUCUAGGAUUAUUGAUUUGAACAUCAAUAAAUUUACAGUAUCUCUAUAUGUAUUGAUCCAUAAGUGCUCCAUUAUAUUGCAGUUGUUAGCGUUAGCCUAGCUUGGUGACUAUGUCACGAAAUUACAACAAUGUCACGGGUUCGUUUUGAGAAAAAAAAAAAAAAAAAAAAAAAGAUUUGUGUGGUGAAUUUGAUUUUCACCAAAUUCCCCAAAAAGGUCAGGCAAAAAUAUUUACAAGGCAGAGCAGAUAACAGCAAAAACAACAGGCGCUCACACAGGUACUAGCAGCUGAAGGUGCCACUAGACCAGAACUCGCCAAGCGAGCGAAGCUCCGUUUAAAUACCCCUUAGCUCCUCCCCCGGGCAAACCAAUUAACACAUUACAGGGGUAUUAAAACAUAACUCAGCGAACUGUGUGCAAAAAUCCACACUUUAAUAAUAGAUUCUGGCGUCAGCAACAUGGCACAAAAAUACUUCCAUACAACUUUUCCCUUAUUCCCCCAAAACACAACAAAUCACGAAAUAUUACACAGAUAAACCAUAAUAGUGUAGUCCAUGGUCACAUGACCCUCAGAAGCGCGCCACCAAGCGCUAUUUACAGCGUGACCAGGAAGUGCCUCGGCUUGGCGCGAGACCCAGAGGCAAAUGCAGGUGUUAGCAGCAGGUGAACGUGUGUGUGAUACGUAGGCGCCGAGUGAGCACCCUCGGACCCGUACAGCAGGGAAACAGAGUCCAGGCAAUAAAUGAACAGUUUGUGGGUAAAAGGGACCACAGAACCAGAACAUGGUCCCAUAUGCGCAAUGAAUGCGCUGAGCGCGUCUCAGGUUUGCGGCACUGUCCGGCCGAGAGGCGCGACGGAUCUCCCUUGAACGUGAAGGUGCAGGUGAAUGACGCGUUGAGCCGUCAUCAUCUGAGUCGGGCUGUGGUGGAGGUUUACGUCAACUACACCAGAACCAACACAGCUCUCACUGGGAAGGACGGUGGUGUCCUGCUUCAUGUGCCGCUCCACACUGGGCUUCCUGUCACGUUUGUCGCCAGCAAGAACGGCUUCAUUAGCACAGCUCUGCCUUACAAGACCAACAGAACGCCAAUAUUUUCAUCAGUCACAGUGUCUCUACUCGCUCCGACUCAAGGGAACAUUUGGCUUUUUGAGGAUUCUGUCCAGAUCUUCAGCAAAACAUCAGAUGCUUCCCUCCAGCCUGUUGUCACGUUCCCUCAGAGCCUCCUGAAUCUGACUCACAGCAGUAACGUCACCUCCAUCCAAACCUUCCUGACGUUUCCUCAUCAGCAGCACGGCUUCCUGAACCCUCCGGGCAUCGUGAGCACCCAGUCAGGAUACGUCGGUGUGGAGUUGAGUCCUGUGGCGUCUGUCAGCGUUCAGCUUUACUCUGGAGACUCAGAGCUACAUGUGAGUGGACCCGUACAGAUCAGACUCAGGGUUCCCAUCAGCUCUGGACUUCAGACCUCAGACGUUGUUCCUGCCUGGUUCUUUAAUCGAACCACCGGUGGAUGGAUGAGAGAAGGACUGGGGAGGGUGACGUCUGUAGAUGGAAAACUCCUGUGGAUGUUCACAGCUCCUCAUCUCGGCUACUGGGUUGCAGCACCUUUGUCAUCGACCAGAGGUUUCUCCGGCCCCGUUGACUUCUUCUUCCACCAUGCGUCUCUGCUCACGGCGCUCGUUGGAGGAACUCUUAUCAUGGCCGUCUGCCUCCUGGUGGGAUUAUUAUAUUACUGCAGACGCAGCUCCAGUGAAAAUAACUCGAAGAAGACGCUCCCAGUGAUGAGAAGAGACCAAACCACCUCCACAUGUGAUGAAGUGUUUGAAAUAUCUUCAGGGAGCAGCUCUCAUCCACGAUCUGGGCCGAAGCAAACCUUCACAGAAAGCGCAGAUAAUGGGCACAGUUCUGCUUUCAUUUCGCUGCAGUGUGACGGUCUGAGGUCCGACCCCGAGGCCGUGGCCGUGAUGCUGGAGUGUAACGAGCUGGAACUGAACGCUGACCUCAGGACUUCAGGACAAAUCAGAGUUCCUCCGACUCUGACCGACAGCUUGUUCUUCUACAACCAGCACGUUGCCAUCCUCCACGCUCCCGCUUUCAUCCACAUGGAGGACCAACCGGAGCAGGUCCACAGGAGCAGAUCUUCCACUCUGCCCCGUGUGGGGGCGUCAAACAGCGCUGCAGCAGAGACGCUGACAGAAAACAACUUCACACAGACUCUGGCAAAAAGUCCCUGUGACCAACAGAACCAGGCGGCGGACACAGAGCAGCCCGGAGCUCCAGACGGAUCCCAGGCAGCAGCCUCCUCCAGAACCUGCAGGGGUCCCUUCAGCCUCCCGGAGUCCGUGUCGGUUCCAGGGACGUUGAACCGAAUCGGGCACAACAGACAUGCAUUAGCAGGAGCAUCCAAAGUCCCCUCCCCUCAGCCUCCUCGGGCCUGGUUCGUUUCUCUGGAGGGAAAACCUGCAGCAGAGAUCCAGCAUCCGAGGAGGCGCAGGCCGGUGGAGAGUCGUGAGACCAGUCUAGACUCAGGGGUGGAUAUGAGUGAACUGAACCAGACGUCUGGGAGGAGGGCCGUGACUCUGGAGAGAAACGCUACUUUUGUCAAAAGCAAACAGGAUAAUCCACAAUAAAAACUAAAAGAUAAAACCAUUACCUACGGCCCUCUUCCUUUUUAACAAGCAGCGUGUUUUAAUAAAAGUGUCGUGUUUCCAGGAGGAAUCCACGGCUACGUGUCUGAAUGUGAACGUUCUCAUCUGCAUAUGUGAAUAAUUUGCUGUGACUGUUAUUAAAUUUAUUAAAUAUUUAACACAAACCUGAA